AUGUUUCUCCAUUGUAGCAGUCUGUUCAUUUCUCUUUGUGGAGAUUCAUCUAUUACAAGUGAUUCAUUAUCUCUCUCUCUCUCUCUCUCUCUCUCUCUCUAUCUAUCUAUCUAUCUAUAUAUAUAUAUAUUCUAUUCACAUAUAUCUAUAUAUUUCUAUCUGUCUACCUAUCUAUUCAUAUAUAUCUAUAUGUUUCUGUCUAUCGUUAUUUCUUUCUUUCAAUCUGUCUAUCUAUCUAUCUAUCUCUGUUUAUUCAAAUCUAUCUAUCUAUCUAUCUAUCUAUCUAUCUAUCUAUCUAUCUAUCUAUGUCUGUUUCUUUCUUAUUUUUCUCUCUCUCUUUCUUUCUUUCUUUCUGUCAUUACAAAGUUUAUACACAUGAAUGGAAUCAGACACAAAGAACAUUCAUUGGGUUUCAACCACCAACCAUUAAAAGCUUUCUAUCUAUCUAUCUAUCUAUCUAUCUAUCUAUCUAUCUGUCUGUCUAUCUAUCUAUCUUAG